UCAGUGGACUGCUACAUAAGCGGCAACUCGGCAACUUAGCAACUUCGUUUCGCGUCAGUGGAACGAAAAUGAUAAGAAGUUGCUCGGUUAUUGGCUGGAACUAGCAACCAAAUCAAAAUUUUUUGAUUUGGUUGCCAAGUUGCCAGUUGCUGGUUGCUAGUUGCUGCUUAUGUAGAUGUCGACUACAUGUUUACAUCACGAUUUUAUUUUUUUUUUAGAUAAAAAAAUAAUUCGCGAAUAAUAAAUCAGUGAUUUAAAUAAUCAUUUCGUAAUGAUUCAUCUCGUAUUUAAUUCCGAGAUAAUGAUACGUUACCCGCAGUCUGGUUGAAAUGAGCUCAUAACCGCUCCUAAUGGUACAUCGUAUCGUGCGACUUACGUACGUGUAAGUAAGUGUGAAAAAUUUGCCUAGUCAAUUACGUAUACAUACAACACCUUGCAUCCAUAUGGAACUAUCGGCCGAAAAUGAUCGGCAACAAGUUCACGAUUCCGUACAUUCCAACUCUAGUCCAUUAUUCGAUGCGGAUUACAAUUCGGAUGAUGACAGCGACUCGAAGAUCUCGCCGGAGAUGCCUUGUAUCAAGGAGUUACAGCUGAUCGAGUCUUUGAACGCGGUUACUACGCAUUUCGCCCAUGUUCAGUUCAGAUUACGUCAAGUUAUCGAAGCACCUGCCGAAGAAAAGGAAUCUUUAUUAAAAGACUUGGAAGAAUUCACGUUCAAAGGGAUACCUGAAAUACAACAUAUGACCGCAGACACGCUGCAACGUUCGGAGCAAUUCAAAGAUCAUCUUAUUAUAAACCUGAAUAAACAAAUCGCCGAACUUCAAAGCUCCGUAGAACAGAUGAAAGUCAAAUCCAAGUCUAAACCGGUCACCACUCCUGUAGACAAUACCAUAGCGACAUUAGUAAAUAAUAAACCGAUCCCUGAGAAGCAUUCGUCGCUGAAGAGCGAUUUCAAGAACACCAAUUUAGUCAAGAAAGUCACCUCGAUAAUGCACAUGGUCAACGUGCACUGUAAAGAAGAGAAGGAUAACUUACGUCGUGAUUUGCUGCGUAAGAAGAUUAAAUGCAAUCAUUGGGGCGAUACGAGAGCCCAACUCGAACUAGCAAUAUCCGAAGUCAUCGAAUUAGCUCUAGAACCGGAGAUGCCGAUCGAUAGCGAUUACAUGUCCGAUUCGGAAGGUGGCUCGUUCUACAUCUGUAACCAGAAACUGGCGACUACCGUUCGUAAAAGGCUCGCACCUGCGAUACAAAAUCUAAUCCAGCACGGUUUGAUGACUGAAAAUAAGAGUAUAAGUGUUCGCAGCGGUUUAACACUGAUGAUCGGUUGUGUUCCUCAUAUCAAUACGUCUAGUCAAAGUAGUCAAACCGCCCACGCUUGGGAAUUGAUCCUCAAGUAUUAUAAGAUGAAAAAUGGCGACCAGUUUAAUUCGGCUCCAGCGUUGAAACUUUCUCAAAGCUUUAAUUUAGAUGUCGGUACACAUUGCGCUACCUCCUGCGCUCAAAAGUUACUAAUUACCAUUGGUAACAUUAUCACAACGCAUUCCCAAUACAAACGUAGUUAUAAUUCGCAAUUCAAGGCGUUCGUAUGUGCCGGUCUCAAUGCAAAAAUGCUAGUCAAUUGGUUACAGUUAAUUUAUCGAUCUCGUACUUUAAUCGAGAUGUACUACGAACCUUGGAGUUACGCUUUGAAGACCGGAUUCGAAGAUGCGUUCAAAAGUCUCGAACGUCUUCAUCAUUACCAUUUCAAUUUACCGGUAGAUGUAGCGAUACAUCAAUUGCAGAAUAUUAAGGAUGCCUUCUGAUUCCCUGUUUUGUUUCCGAUUACCUUAUUAUUUGUAUUAUUCCAUUAUUUUUUUCCUGUUCUGUUCUGUUUAAGUUAUUAUUUAUUAUUCGUUGACUGAUUUUACCAUAUUUACCAAACUAUACCAAAGAUAUUAUACCUACAUCGCAUUAGAAAAUUAAAAAAUGGCAACGUCGUAAUUCCUCCACUUCGAUUAAAUAAAAAAUUAUAUAUUUUAUGACUCACAUCACAUAAAAAAAUAGUAGCAAAAAAUUCUAUAUAUAAAAAAGAUCACAAUAAACAAAUAGGUUAUCUUAAAUCCAGGUUUCCAGACCGGAAUACGACGUCGCCAGAACACCUCGAUGAGUAGCAAUUUUCAGUAAACGAUCCACCUAUAAAAUUAGGUACAAUUCGUUUGAAAUGUUUCCCAAUUCGAUACCUUAAAAAAAAUAUACAAGUAAACACUCACCUGUUCUUCAGUAGUUAGCUUUUCAUCAGACCCGAUUACAAAACCAGUUGCCUCGGUAACUAAUGCUUCAUAUUGUGAACAAUAAUUCUUGAUACGCUGAUUCACACGUAGCUCGUUGACAGUAACUUUCGACGGGUGACACCCUUCCAAUUUCAAUUUAACGUUUUUGAUUUUGUUUUCGAAAUACGAUUCAUCUGUAAAAAAAGAUAUAAUUGAACGUUAAGUUUACGAGUAUGUUUAUUAUUGAUGAAUAUAUUGUUUUUGCAACAAC